CGCCGCCAUGGCCAAGUGGGGCCAGGGGGACCCGCGCUGGAUCGUGGAGGAGCGGGAGGACGGGACCAACGUGAACAACUGGCACUGAGCGGGAUGCCACCAGCUGGUCCAAAGGGAAGUUCCAGGAGCUCCUGGUGGGCAUCGUUGUGGAGAAUGACGCUGGCCGCGGCGAGAUCAGCGAGUUGAAGCAGGUGGAAGGGGAGGCUUCGUGCAGCAGCCACAAAGGAAAGCUGAUUUUCUUCUAUGAGUGGAACAUCAAACUGGGCUGGAAAGGUAUCGUUAAAGAAUCUGGAGUGAAGCGAAGGGAUUGAUUGAAAUACCCAGUCUUUCUGAGGAAAAUGAAGUAGAUGACACUGAGAAUUUACAACAGGAAUUUUACCAACGAAAGCUAUGGCAACCCAGGAAUUGACUGUCAAAAGAAAACUGAGUGAGAAUACCCUGCAGGUUCAGGCCUCAUCUCCAGUGGCACUGGGUGUAAGGAUUCCCACUGUGGCUCUUCACAUGAUGGAACUGUUUGACACAACUGUAGAGCAGCUAUAUAGCAUCUUCACUGUAAAGGAUUUGGUGCAAAAGUUUUCUAAAUCUACUGCUGUAUUAGAAGCCGAAAAGGGAGGGAAAUUCCAGAUGUUUGAUGGGAACAGCACUGGUGAAUAUCUAGAAUUGUUAACAAAUAAGAUCAUCAUGAAAUGGAGAUGUAGAAACUGGCCAGGAGAACACUAUGCCACGGUUGCACUGAAUUUUGUGCCUACUCUAGGGCAAACAGAUUUACAAUUGGACUGUAAAGGAGUUCCUAUCUGUAAAGAAGAGAACAUGAAAUUCUGUUGGCAGAAGCAGCAUUUUGAAGAAAUAAAAGGUUUACUGCAGCUGACCCCCCUAAAUGGUUGAAGUAAAAUUUUAUAAGGCAUUACUUUUUGUAAGCAGAAAAAGUGUCACAUUUACCUCUUCCCUAUUUUUUUUUAAACGGACUGUAUUUUACAUUGGAUGAAAUCUAUGAACGUAUACACGAUGUAAAGCACUGUUUGACUCUUUAUUAUAACUAGACACUGCAUUGAGUUAAAAGUAGCAAACAACCUGAAAUUAGGUAUUAACCUGACCUUUCAUAGAUACUCCUCUGGAAAUAGGUAAGUCCUGAGUGCAGAUAGUUCAUGUUUCCCAAGCUGAAGCUUGUCCUAUAGCAAGCUUGCUUGCAGCUGUACUUUUAGUUCAAGAUGACAAAAAAUGGCAUGUUGACACUAUUCCUUUAUUUUACUUUAGGGUUUUUAAGGUGUGUAGAUCUUAGGUCGUAAAACAGUGGUAUACUGCAUUCAAAAGCAUGUUGAGGUGAGGGCAAAUUGGCUGUGUUUUGCUCCUCGUCUCCCUGCUGUGGUUUUGCACUUCGGUGUGGAGAGGACUGAGAAGUCUGUGGGGACACAUUAGUUUUGUGGACUGCUGGUAACACUUCCAGUGAACACAUAUAAUGGAUAAAUGUUUCCCCUCAUUGACGGUUUUCUCACUACUUUCACCUGAGAAGACUGAAGCAACAUAUGUAAACAAAUGAAAAGUCAUCACAAUCAGUUUAAUUAAGUGCACAGAAUAGCAAUCAGUCAUGUCAAUAAAAAUAAAACAAUUAUUUUUA